AUGUUCCUUCUUGCCGUGUUACUUUCCUUCACAUGCAUCUUGUACGCGCUGAGCCUGGUCCGGCUUGUUCGACAAAAGCGUGCCUUUGCUAGGGACAUCCCACUGCACACCCCUAAGACAACCUUCUUGGGGAUGGACCUAACCUUAGCCGUCCAGAACGAGGUGGAACGAUUCGAUUUGCUAUGGCAAAUGUUCUGGAAUCAGGACCGGGUGUUCAAGAUGCUGAUCGGUCCGCUCAUGUGCAUCGGCGUUAGCCAUCCGGACUUGAUGCAGAAAGUGCUGUCGCACUCGGAUUGUCUGGAGAAGCCAUUUUUCUACGAUUUUGUGCAACUGGAGAAUGGGAUUUUUUCUGCCAAGUACAAAUUGUGGAAAAGCCAGAGGAAAGCGUUGAAUCCGACGUUCAAUUUAAGAAUCCUGAACAGCUUUGUUCCCGUCUUUGUGGACUGCAGCCGCCGGAUGGUGGCAGAGUUGGCCAAAUGCGAGGAUGGAUCAACGGUUGACAUGUUUCAGUUCACGUCCAAGUGCACCCUGGAGAUGGUCUGUGCAACCACCUUGGGAAGCAGCGUACUGGAGCGGGACGGGAAGGACGAGUUUCUUCAUAACUUGGAGGGAUUGUUUGAACUGUUUGCUAGAAGGAUGCUAAGCAUUGAACUAUUUCCGGACUGUAUCUACCGAAUGACAAGCUACCACAGGAGACAGAAUAUGCUACGAAGAAAGAUUGACAAAUUUGCAGGAAAAAUAAUACACGAAAAACGAUCGCUCCAUUUUACUCAUUCCAAGAUUCACCAAUUAACCCAACCAACCAAAGAUGAAGAGGACUUUCGUAAACCACAAAUCUUCAUCAAUCAGCUCUUUUCACUGUCCAACAGCAGCCGACCGUUCACUGACGAUGAAAUCCUCCACAACGUCAUCACCGUAAUGAUAGCUGGAAACGACACUUCCGGGCUGGGUGUGGCGCAUGCCUGCCUCUUCUUGGCCAUGUAUCCGGACAUCCAGCAGAAAGUAUACGCCGAAGUGAUGAAACAUUUCCCGGAAACCGAAGACAUAGAGCUCAAUGCCGAAUCCUUGCGGCGCCUCGAGUAUACCGAAAUGUUCAUCAAGGAAUGUCUUCGCCACUGCCCGGUUGCUCCAACCAUCGCCCGGCAGAGUUUGGUCGAGCUGGAGCUCGAUGGAUUCAAAAUACCGGCGGGAAACAUUUUCGUAUUCUCAUUCUAUGCGCUGCACCGGCGGAAGGACAUCUGGGGACUGGAUGCGGAAAAAUUUGACCCGGAAAACUUUUCUCCCGAAAGGUCCAAGGACCGGCAUCCGUAUGCAUUCAUGCCGUUCAGUAACGGUGCCAGGAACUGCAUCGGAGGGCGCUAUGCAAUGCUCAGCAUGAAGGUCAUGAUCGUUGACAUUGUACGGAAUUUCGAGUUGAAGACGGAACUGCGGCAUUGUGAUCUGAAGUACAAAUUUGGGUUGACGUUAAAACUUCCCUUUGCACAUUCGAUUCAGGUGUUUAGGAGGAAUGCGGAGACCAAUGAUCAAUAA